CGAAAUCCAAUGCUCAAUUGACAUAUAUGUUGGAAUGACAUAAUUAGAUUGACUGAAAUCAAACUUCGACCACUAAAAUAUGAGUUACAAACACACAAAAAUAAGCUAAUGGCAAAAAAUCUAAUAAUAGAUUAUUAUCUUUCGACUAACCUGAAAUUAUUGAUUUGAUUAUGAAAAUAAACAAAAAUAUUUAGUAUAUUAACAAUUUAUUCUGUGAUAAAAAUAAAAUAAAAAUAUUUAAAUAAUAUAAAAUGAUUUAAUUGCACACUAUAUAACAACUAUUUUCUCAAAAUAAAAUAUCAUUAAAUUAUUAAUUUAAACACAGGUAUUAAAAAUAAACUAAAUUAAUCCAUAAAAUCGUUUAAAAUCCCAAACAAGAUAGAUAAUAAAAACUAUUUAGCAUAUGAAUCGUUACAAGAGACAAAAAAAAAAGAAGACAAUGAUUAAAAUACAAAGGUUGCAACUCUAUAUUAAUAUUUGGAAUCGAAUGAUAUAUGGAAUGAGUUUUUCAAUUAAUUUCAAAUCAUUCUUUACCAUUUAUUUUGAAAGGAAUAGAAUAAUCAUUUCAUUGAUUCCACAAAUAAAUAAACAAAAUGCGAAGAAAAUCAUUUCAUAACAAAUAUGAUAAAGAAGAAGUGGACCAAAUCUAUUCUAUUCAUGUUAUUCCAUUAAUCUUCAUUCGAUCAAAUCUUAAACAUAGGUACCAAUUACAUCAAAGAAAUAGGGUUAAGACACAAAGAGAUAAGGUUAAAACAGAGACUAAUGAAUGCUUUCUACUCUCUCUAAUCUUCCUUCUAUUCAAAUGAUCACCUUCAGUUCUGGGUUUUUGUUUUCAUCUUGAUUGGAACUUUUGUCUAUAGUUUUAAUCUUAAUUUAUGGGCAGCGAUCAGAUAAGCAGGUUGCCAGAUGAGAUUCUUGGCAUAAUCUUGUCUUUAGUUCCGACAAAAACGGCUGCUUCCACCUCGGUUUUGUCCAAAAGGUGGAGGAAUUUACUGUGUCUUGUAGACAGCCUUAGCUUUGAUGAGUUGAACGACGAAGAAAAAGAAGAAGAUCAAGAAGAUGCAAUGAGUAGUUCACAACCCUUCCAUGAUUUCAUGGAAAAGACAUUUGCUCUCUUAAGCAACUCUCCCAUCAAGAAAGUGUCUCUGUCUCACCUACCUUUCCAUUACAGUGACCACUCUCGUGUCUACAGUUGGAUUUAUACUGCAAUGGACCGUGGUUUAUUGGAACUACAUUUGCAUGCAUAUGCUUGCGUUCUUUUAAAGAAAGAGUUGUUGACGAGCAACACUUUGGUUAAACUCACAUUAUCCGGUGAAUAUUGUCUUGAAGUCAAGCGUGUGUAUUUCCCAGUGCUCAAAUCACUGUCUCUUGAAUUUCUGGAGCUUGAUUAUCCCGACUAUCAUCGCCUCCUCGAUGGCUGCCCUACCUUGGAAGAACUAUUCGUAGCUGAUGAUGAUGACCAUUCCAAUCCUCUAUGUUGCGGUGCUGUCGUGAAAAGUGAAUCCCUCAAGCGGCUUGUGGUUUCUAUCGUUCUUCCUGAUUCUCAAGAGGAUCACAACUCAAUGCUCUUGGAUACACCAAGUCUGGUGUACCUUAAAUAUACUAGUUAUGUCUUUAAAGAACAUGAUGCUGUUGGUUUGGAUCUUCUUGUCGAAGCCAGACUAGAUCUCAGCUUAUGGGAGUCAACUAGCGAUUAUGAUGAUGAUCAUGAUGAUGAUGUUGAUGAUGAAAAAGAAGAUGAUAAUGAAACUGAUGAUGAUGAUGAUGAUGAACCAAAGAUGCCUAUAUUUGGUGAUGUGACAAAGCUAGUUGUGGGUAUAACAAACAUUACGACCCUUCACUUGUCUGCUGAUUCCCUUGAGACGUUUCAUUUCUGUUGUGAAUCCAUGCCGGUGUUCAACAACCUUCUCAAUUUAUCUAUUGAGAGUGAUAAAGAAAAAGGUUGGCAAGUAAUGCCAAUUUUGCUCAAGAGUUGUCCAAGGCUACACACUUUUGAAAUCAAGGGACUUGUGCAUAGAGAAACAAAUAAGUGUGGAGAUGCAUGCGCUUGCAUCCCCGGAAAGCAUAAAGAGGGGGUGGAAGAAGUAUGUUGCCUAUUGACAUGUCAAGUGAAGGUGCUAGAGAUAUCAGAUUACAUAGGUUCUUCUCAAGAGCUGAAGCAGAUGAGACAUUUCUUGGGCAAGUUGAAGUUUCUUGAAUCUGUGGAUGUGAGUAUUGACGCAAACAACGACAAUAGUGAGCUCUUGAGAAAUAAUCUGCUGACUCUCCCAAGAAUUUCAUCAAAGUGCAACAUCCAAUUCAUUUGAUGCUUCUUUCCUUACUUUUCUCAGUUGGA